UUCUACUCAAUCUGAGACAUCCUGCAUAGUAUCACCCUUCGUGCUCAAAUUGAUAAAGUAACUUGAAUUUUUUGGUGUACGUCCUGUGUGAUGUGGAAAGCGGCCAAUUCCGUCCCUGUGUCGGAUGGUACUUCUACAUUUUGGAACAACGAUACCACAUGGAAGAAGACCCUCCAACUGGGCAGUACUGGUCAGUUGGUACCUAGCCAGCGUUAAGAUAAACACUCUUAUCUGGAUGUAUAUUCGAGUACACAUAAAAUGGUAAACAAACAGAAAUGCCCAAACACAAUAAUUUGUUGGUUUUAGUGUGGUACCUACAGCCUUAAAAUUUAGUGAUUAUCGAAGAUGAAAGCAAAGAAUAUCAGAAAUUACGGCUCCGUCGGAUAUCGCGUCUUGGGAGGACGGCGUGGUCACAGGGUUUUACCGAGUAGCACUCAUCGACAGCCAAGCUGGGCGACUACUUUUAUCGAACAAUGGGGUACCAGAAAUUGGAAUGGCAACCAUCAAAGACUGCAAACGACAGACAGUCCCUGCCUAUCAACUUGUACCACAGCAACCAACCUCUCGUCUUUGGGCGAUUUUCAAUCCAACUCCACCAUAAACUUCCAGAGGAAACUGAACAAAGAGGACAACAUCAGAAUGGCCAUACCAGAAAUCGAGCCUCUGCAAAAGAAGACCGAGGUCGAAAUAGAGGAUGAGCCCAGUGAAGCGGUUUCCUUCAAGAAAAUCUUCAAGCAGUUAUUGGCUGCAGUGGCAGUGUCAUGGGUGUCUAUGAUCAUAGGAUAUUCCUCGGCCUAUACGUCACCAGCAGAGCAUUCCUUGGAAAAUGACUUCGGUCUCGAUAAAGUUAAGAUGUCGUGGAUAUCAAGCUUCAUGCCUCUCGGAGCACUUUGUGGAGGCUUAUUCGGAGGAACUCUAAUCGAGCAUAUGGGAAGAAAAUGGACGAUACUUCUAACUAACGUAAUGUUCCUAGUGGCUUGGCUGACCAUAUUCAUGGCACAAAACUACGUUUACCUGUACAUCGGCCGUAUUAUCACGGGUGUCAGCGUUGGGAUAACCUCGCUCACUUUGCCAGUGUACUUAGCUGAAACCCUUCAGCCUGAGGUGAGGGGAAGCCUGGGACUCCUGCCGACAGCCCUUGGCAACGUGGGCAUUCUGUUGUGCUAUUUAUUUGGUGCAUUCUAUGAAUGGAAGAUGCUGGCUCUUAUUGGAGCUAUACUGGCUGUGCCCUUCUUGGUACUGAUCUGGUUCAUACCAGAAACCCCAAGGUUCCUAGUAUACAGAGGUAACGAAGAGGAGUCUAGGAAGGCUCUGCAAUGGCUGAGAGGUGCAGACACAGACAUCGAAAAGGAGUUCCAUGAACUGAAGAAGAACCAGCAAGAUGCUGACGACUCAAAUGAAAGCGUGAUGGAGUUGUUCAACCGCAACAACAUAAAACUUCUUGCGAUAGUCUUAGGUUUGAUGUUUUUCCAACAAUUCAGCGGAAUAAACGCUGUAAUUUUCUACACAACUAGGAUAUUUAAAGAAUCUGGCUCUUCGUUAAACGAAAAUAUUUGUACAACAAUCGUCGGCACUGUGAAUUUCAUAUCAACAUUCAUUGCAGCUGUUUUGAUAGAUAGAUUUGGUAGAAAAGUGCUUUUAUAUAUAUCUAGCGUGUCAAUGUUGUUGUCUUUAACUACAUUAGGUACUUAUUUCUAUUUGAAGAUUGAAACAGACAUCGACACACUCCAGUUUGGAUGGUUGCCUCUUGUAAGUUUCAUGGUAUACGUACUCGGUUUUUCCCUCGGUUUUGGACCAAUCCCAUGGUUGAUGAUGGGUGAGAUUCUCCCUGCAAGGAUCCGAGGACCAGCAGCUUCUAUUUCCACAUCUUUCAACUGGUCGUCUACGUUCAUUAUCACCAAAACCUUUUUAUUGAUAAUAGAAGCUAUUGGCCUUUACUACACUUUUUGGAUGUUCGCUGUGAUCGUACUAGGAUCGUUGAUUUUCUCUAUUUUCUGUGUACCAGAAACCAGAGGUAAAAGCUUGGCAGAUAUUGAGAGGCAACUAACCGGAGGCACCAGAAAAGUUAGCUCAGUGGCAAACCUCAAACCAACGCCAUCUACUUGUUAAACAAGAGACUGAUUUUAUUCUAAGAAUCUCUAGGCUGUAUCUUAACUUUGAAUAAGUACCAAGAGCAAAAAACCGAUAAAAGACUUUACAGCAGGUGACGUAUUUGUAUAUCUUUUUGACAAGUUGAGUUUGUGACUGGACUAACUUUUUCAAGGUUCAGAUGUUUUAGCAAUAAGGUAACUUUAUUGAAUUGUUCUAAAUAUUUUGUAUUUAUGUAUAUAGUCUUAUUCCUAGGUAACGUUAUUUAUUAUGAUAUUUUUAUAUGAACAGAGCGUUGAAAAUAAAAAUAUAUCUAUUUUUUAUAAACUG